AUGGACAGCCCCAAAAUCCUAGUCAAGAAGAGCUCACAAAAAGAAAAGCAUACUGUGGUGGAUCCAAUGACACUUGAAGAUUCUUCUUUCAAUCAUGGAUUCUUUGAGACUUCUCUUCCAAUUUUUAGCACAACUAUGGCAUUUCUACCACUACGACCUCUGAAACCGAAAUUCUUGAGUCAUAGUCUUCCAAAUUCGGCUAACUCAUCGCCAGGAUUAACCUCGGCUAUGUUCAAGAAGAAUACAAAAGUUGGGAUUUGGGAAUCACGACAUCAAGCUAGUAACUUGACAUUCAAGGAUCAUCAUCUGCAACAAGAGAUCAACUUAAGAAGAAGCAAGUCAUGGAGUGAACGAUGGGAUUAUGAGCCCUCUGAUGAACUCGAUCUUUGGUUGCUCAAAUCGUCUAUUGCCAAACAUGCUAACAGGUCUCCUCUUAAUGAGAUCCAAUCCAUUAGUGCUGGUAUAAUCGUUUCUAACGAAUCUUGUGGUAGUUUCUCCAAAGAAAAACCUCUUGAUAGAAAUCUUUCCGGUGGCGACGGUUCGUUGGAACCUAAAGAGGGAUUCAAAUGCAAUGCUCUUUGCUUGCACUUGCUGAGUUUUGGAAAAUCAAAGCAACUUAAGGAAAGAAAGAAAGGGCAAGAAAUGGAAGGUGCAUUAGUAUCUAGAAGAGUCUCUUUGGAGAAGUUUGAAUGUGGUUCUUGGGCUUCUUCAACUCUAUUUCAUGAGAUUGAAGGAAGGGAUUCUAAGAGUACUAGUACCUACUUUGACCUACCAAUGGAAUUGAUCAAAUGGAAUGCCAAUGAUGUAGAUGCACCAAUUUCAUCAGCUUUUGUCUUUGAGAAGGACCAUGAUAGGGUUCUCAAUAAUGGAUCCUCUAGAACUAGCCUUGACUCUCAAGAAUCCUACAUUAGUCCUCGUUUAAGAAAAGCCAGAGAGGAUUUUAAUGCUUUUUUAGAAGCACAAAAUGUAUGA